UUGUGGCCUGCCACAGAGUAUAGUUGAUGUAAUUAAAAGGGGUUUGAUGAUGAAGCAAACCGUAAACGAAGAAUAGCGAAUGAUGAAGAGAUCAACUCAUGAAGAAGAAGAAGAAAAAGAAGAAGACGGAAAGGUUAAGAGGGUAUCAUUUGAAAAUAUAGGAUUUGGACUAAUAUCGUUCGACGGGGAGAGGGGGUGCCGGACCAGGGGUGAUCAGACGUCUCAGAUCCCGUAGCCGCGAUACAUAGCGGCAUCCAUAUUACAGGCGAAUCAGAUCCAGAAUAACCAAGCCACAAUGGCUGAUGUGAUAGAUGUAAGCCACUCAUAACAAGGACUUAUAUCGAGACAAUGCCUCGUGUAGUAAGCCUCACGACUUGUCGUAAAACCAAUAACGGAAUUAGUACCUAAUGUAUCAGCUCAAGGCUUGAUCCAUUCAAAAACGACGACAAUAAUAUUGCUCACGAUAUUAACAAAGGUUAACCCAGAGCUGAAAUAUGUCUUCUAUAUCAGGUAUUCCCUUAUACCUUUUUCUUCAUUUACAUCUCAAGUCAAUUCCUACCAUUCGACUUUAUACAUACGGUUGACCUGAUUGAUGGCAUGGAUCACUACCUAGAGCUGGAUCCCACCCCGGACCGCGAACUUCCCCAACUAUUAAAUCCUCUCCUCUGUUCUCAAUGUCAGGGUUGGAAUGAUAUUGAGCUCCAUAAGUCAGGAUCUUGCAUUCAAAACUUCGUGUCUAUUGAGGAGCUUUCACGGAAUUCCCUGUGCUUGAUCUGUCAGGCUGUCUUAGCAGUGUUUAACAUUCGUCGCCAUACCCUCAGCACCUUACAGCCAUGGCCGGAUUCUCGCAUCCUUAUCGAAGUUCUAGGCCCAUUAUACCUGGACACUGUAUCCUCUAAUCAGCGCGAGCUUGAUUUAUCUAAUUCGAAUAAUAUUCCUAUCCGAAUGUUUCUUAGGCUCACUGUUAGAGUCCCAAAAGAUGACUUCGAAGUUACGAGCAGUAAUCGUCCAAUAGACUCUCUCUCCAAAGAGUAUCCCACUCGCGAGUUCGUGACUCCAAGGGAAAAGCAACAAACUCUCUUCACAGUGACUCCACAGUUUUGCUUGUACUAUUCUCUUAACAAUACUUCGACCUUGUGUAAAAUCGAGGAAUGGGCCGUGCCCCUUUUUAAUAAAUCGGUUAUUAGGAGCUGGAUUCGAGGAUGCGAUACUAUUCAUGGUAACAAAUGUACCGAACCUCCCCAUCAGACCCUAGAGUUUCCUCCGGGCUUUCGUGUGGUUGAUGUCGUAAACAUGAACAUCGCUAAGCCGGUUGGGCCAAUACGUUAUGUUGCUUUAAGCUACAUGUGGGGUUCCGCGGCUGGCGGUCAGAACGAUUUUCAACUUGAAAAGAAGAAUGUUAGAUACCUUGAGGCUCCGGGUAGUCUUACUGAUUCCAACAUUCCCAAGGUCAUCGCUGAUGCCAUAUCGCUGUGUAGAGACCUCGGAGAAGUUUACCUCUGGAUUGACAGACUCUGCAUCGUCCAGGAUGACCAGGAACAGAAGCCGGCGCAGAUAGCGGCUAUGGAUAAGAUAUACCGCUCUGCUACUUUUACACUUGUAGCUGCCCUUAAUAAUCCUAAUGGAGAUGGACUUCCUGGUCAUCAGGGGAAACCGCGGGAUCUUUAUUCAUCUAUCUGGAUUCCACCCUAUGAUGCUAACGUAGAAACACGAGGAAUAAGCCCAAAUGGCAUUGGAAGUUUGGUGGAUUCCUCUCUUUGGAAUAGAAGGGGUUGGACGUUUCAGGAGAGGCUACUUUCUCGACGAUGCCUCUUCAUUACCGAACAUCAAGCCAUGUUCAAAUGUUCGCAAGCAGAGGCAAGUGAAGAGCUCACGUGGAGUCCUCAAAGUCCUAGAAAACCCAACCCGCCAGCGGUUUUGGAUGACAGUCUAGCAAGCAGUAAUAUUGAAUAUGGGAAUGAUUUGAACGAAUGCAAAAUUUAUCAAAUUCCAGGCUACUUUGAGCUGCACUCUUACGGUACAAAGACUGAGUACAUAGUUAAAGGUACCGCAUCUUUAGCAGAAUACUGCGGAUGGGUUCAAAAUUAUACAUCCCGCCAACUUUCUUAUGGCACUGACAUUCUCCAUGCUUUUACAGGCGUAGCCAAAUACCUUUCUAGGUUACUGGCUUGCCCAAUGCUAUUCGGCCUACCGGAGAAAUACCUACCACAGUGUCUCAUGUGGAGUUGUCCAAGGGAAACAGGCCGAAGGGGUGAAAUGCCAGAAAUACCCAGUUGGAGUUGGGCAGUGGCGUUGAGCGCUGUUAGUUAUGAUUGGAUAAGCGGCAACAACUGGUUAAGCCAGGACGUCCUUGAGACUGCAAGCUUAGUGUUCUUCUAUUACCAAGACCCAGCUUGCGGUCUUCGGAAACUCAAUAUCCAAGAACGGUGGAUCCAACAUGAAGUAACAAUUGAAGAAGUAGCAAACCAGGCCGAGCUACCAAUCCUCACGCACAAAGCGCUACCUUCGGACUGGAGAACUAAUCGAGAUUGGGAAGACUGUCCCCAUAAUCCAUCCCAAACUUUUGCCCGCCAAGUCUUGAAUGCAGAAGCCUGCCGGUUCGCUACUAUGUUUCCCGGUUCUUUGGUCUUCAAUACGACAGUAGCAUCCCUAGGCAUAGACUUCUCUAAAAGUAAUAUCGAGAACGACCAUAAUGCACAGAACGCGUCAAUUUGUAAUGAGGGCACCAUUGUUGGGCACCUAAACAUGAUGAGUUUCGCGUGGAUUAAUACACGACGGACGACGCCAGGCAAUAGAAAGCUUUUCGACUUUAUCGUUAUAUCCGGCGCUCUGCAACCUUUAUCAACUCGCAAAUGGCAUGCCUUCCUUCGUCAGCAUGAUCAUAUAUGGCAGCUGCGUGUGAUGCUUGUUGAGCGACUGGCAUGUAAACCAUUUGUUGCCCGUCGCGUUGAUGUAGGAGCCAUCUCUUUGUGCGACUGGAAACAGUGUCGGCCCCGAUGGGAGACCGUUGUACUAUGUUGAUUCUUCAAGUAUCAGUGAGAUAUUAAGAGGUAGUUAACAACGCCUUUUUAAAACAUCUUGACUAUUAUACCAGGGUUUUAUAG